CUUCGAGCUACGGUUUCGAUCUUUCACUACGCACUGAAGUUCCCAACUACACGAGGAGAAGGGACUCAUUUCGGAGACCAACGGGAAGCUCGAGAACUUGUUACUUUCGUACCAUCCGGCGGAGUUUAUUCCAUCACUUCGGGGAACGAUGACAAUCCCCCACAACGAAACACCUCGGAUGAUGCGAUUUCCGAGGAACCAAAUUACAACACCGCUGUUCCUACCACCUCGGACCCUUUAUCUGAAGACCGAGGUAGGCGGCCAGGAAAGGAGCCACUCCUCGAAGAAGAUGAGUUGGAACCAAGGGCCCAAUUCAAGAAAAAAAGCCGAAAUGAUCGAGCCGAACCUGGAGAAGAAGUAGAACUGAUAUAUGUCGAUGAACCGAUUUUCCAUAAAUCAUUGCGCAUUGAAAGUCAUCUUCAAGAGCCUCUCCGGUCGGAACUCAUUUCGUUUCUCAAACAAAAUUCAGACGUGUUUGCAUGGAAACACGAAGACAUGAAGGGCAUCGACCCCGGAGUUGCUAGUCACAAGUUGAACCUCGACCGAACUGUUCGGCCUAUUGUUCAAACACGAAGAAAACUGGGGCCGGAUCGCCAGACAGCAUUGGAAGAGGAAGUAAAGAAACUCAUCGACAACAAGUUCAUUAAAGAGGCCAAAUAUCCGACAUGGGUCUCAAACCCUGUUCUCGUCAAGAAAAGCAAUGGUCU